AUGGCAGCCAAUCGAAUAAACCCCAAUCGCCCACUCAUCCGCCUUUCCCCCGUCCACUCCCGUAAUAACUCUCGCUCAACCUCGCCUGAACGACCUGCUCCUCUUUACCAGAAAAUUGACCCUCUACUGAGCAACCUCUCCCCCGAAUCGACCCUCCACGCCCUCACCUCCACCGAUGCCGUCCCCUCCAACGAGGAAGGCGCCUAUGACAUCCUCUCUCAGAGUAUAUCCCAGGUUUCGCCUGCGGAGCGUGCUCUGGGGAUCCGCGCCGCUGUAGCUGCUCAGAAUCUGGACCUGUGGCAUAAGGAGGUGCAGUCGUGGACAUGGCCGAGCCAGCAGGACGCAAAGCUUGGAAAGGGCUUUGUGCCUCCACAGGCAGCUUCGCAGUCCAACGACACCCUUUCCGUGGCACCCCCGACCAUUCCGGACGACGAUUACUAUGGUAGCUUGUCAGCCAGCGUGGUGGAGCGAUAUGAAAAGAGAAUAGAUGAGAUCCGCGAUGGAAUGGACGAUCUUAACGUGGAGGAAUUGAAGGAACACGUUUUGAAUGCCCACAUUCCUUCCAGAUCUCGCCCUUCGUCUUCCACAAGUUGCGUGUCUGCGCCCCCACCGCUCAGUUAUGUGCAGCUCAGUGACUUUACGGCUGUCAUCACUGCAACCAUCCUCCGCGCCCUUCCUUUCCUCUCUCGUCUCAAUGCCCUGCUUACUACCUGGGAUGUCCGCCUUCUUGUUCUGCGCCAGAUUCCUGGUUUACUCAGGGAGCUAACCAUCACUCGGUCCGCCCUUGAUUCCUCCCUUGAUUCAUUGCAGUCCCCGCAGUCUUCUGCUAGCCAACGCCGAUACUCCGACGCGUCCUUGGUUACUGAUCAUGUUAGAUUGGAGUCUGCGGUUGUUGCCGUGGGUCGGCGGAUGGAUCGCGUUCUCGAUGCUCUUGAAGGCCGCCCGGAUUCCUUGCCUGAACAUUGGAUAGAUGAUCUAGAACAUAUUGAGUCGGACUUCGCUGCCUGGGUGGUUGAGUGUGAAAAAUACAAGGUUCAUAACCAGUGGUUGCGUGCUCAGCAGGAGACGAAGUCCCAAGCUGCCGCCCAGGCUGAAUCCGAGAAGCAAUUGGAGGAGAUGCGGCAGGAUCCGGUUUCCAUUGAAGCUCUCUCGGAGUUAGCGAAUGAUGGUGAACAGAAACAUGUUGAUGCCAAGCAUGAACAAUAUGCCGUCGAAGUUUUUUCCCACGAAGCUCUCACACUUACACAACCACUUGUGGAACAGGCGACCCUUGCUAUGAAAAAGCCAUCACCUCCGGCUUCUUUCCGUGAACAAUCUUCCGAACCAAAGAUCUCACCACCUCCGCCGACAUCCUUGAUAGCAGAGAAACAAGAAGUUCAAGCACCUGUUGCUGUGACCGAGGAUCUUACAACCCCAACUCAAGCGGAAUUCCCAUUGGGUAUCUUGUCACUCAAUGGUCAACUCUCCGCAGGCCAAACACCUCGUGCAAAUGGAAUUGUUUCGGAAAACAAGGAGAAUAUCCCUCCUUCUAUUCCUCAGACCGACCAAUUUUGGUCGCCUCCUCGGAAUGCGACCAUUGAAAGUGCAUUGACUGAAAACAAAAAUCUAUUUGAAGACCCCUUCUCGCGGCCUUCUACAGCCGAAGCCAAGGCCCAGCUCCCAGCAGUCACUGUGUCUACUGAUGUUUUGCCUGUCGGAGACACGAAUGUACCUGCUAGCAACGGUUUGCGAUCCCAGAUAGGAGCUGGUACCCGAGUAGAGCAGGUCCAUGUUCCCCAGUCCGACUCUGAAACCAGCCCCAAGGCUCAUCUCGUCAAUCGAUCUGCUAAGCAGGAUUCUCAAACACCUGACGAGAUUCCACAUGAGCGUGACGUUGCAACAGCCGGGAUCUUCUCCCCGGACCUGCCUUCGGAUACAUCUGAUAUCCGAAUGCCUCGUGUAAGGUCUUCUGUCAAGAGCUCCUAUCAAAACACCGUUGCUGUAGUUUCUGGUUCAGGCUCCAUUCCUGCGGGGUUGAAAUCCCAGAUACCCAGUCCAGUGAAGAAAGCAGACGUGCCACGCACAGUUCGAAAACCGCUACAAAGUCCUAUCAAGCUUUCCAAAGCCCGAUCCGGAAGAUUAAGCCUUGACAAAGAGCCCCAGCUGUCACCGAAGAUCACCCGCCGUCGUCGGACCUCCACCGGAUCUGUGCGUUCCUUGCUCUCGGACCACUCUUCGCUCAUCUCGAGCCCUGACGUGCCGGGGUUGCGGACUGCAUCAUCAAACGAAACACCCAUCAGCGCAUCAUCUCAUCCCGAAUCCGCAUGCCCCCCUUCACAUGACGAUUACACCCUGAGAGAGGAUCGCCUUCGUCGCCUGGAGAAUCUCAAGCCUGAUCCCCGGGUCUCCUUCCAGCAAAGUCGCACUGUCAGUCUGCCUCUUGAGCGAUUUAUCAAUGAGCGAUUGGAGAUGGGCUUAGGAAGCGAGUCAGCGGAUGUUACUUCGAGACAGCCCGUCAAAGCCUCGACUACAUCCGUUGGCUUGCCCGAACUUGCCAAGUCUCGAACCAGAAAUGCAGAUCGGGAUUCUGUCGUAUCCUCACAAGGACCACGCAUCUCGACGCGUCGUCCCCAACUUUCUCGAGGCAAAUCUGCGUCUGACCUGCGCACCCAGAAUGAAAAGUUGAAGGCCGCUGAACACAACCGAAACGCAUUCAGUAGAAAUUCUGCUUACCGAGCCAUGGAACCUCAGGUCCAGCCCAAGUCUCUCCGAUUGCGACAACGAUUGACUGCUCAUCCAAGCCUUGAAAGCUUGGGCAUCAAGAGACAAGAGCUCUCUUAUGUGGAGGAGCAUGAAUCCGAGCUCACUGAUUUCGGAUCCCGCCCCUCUUCACCAACCAAGCACGUAAGACAGCCUCGUGACCAAAUGGAUGAACGGAUCAGCUCUAUUCUCAACACGCUGCCUGGUCGCAUUCAGUUGGUCGACUCAAACCACGAAGCAGACACUUCGUCUCCAUCAUCCUCCGUGGAUCGAAGAAUGCAUUACCGGUCAGAAUCACCUACUGUUCCUCCAACUCGCAGUACUACACCUGCCCCUUCUCUGAUGUUGACGCCUGCUGCCCGAAGACGUUCCCAUGCAUUCAAGACAGAAGAUAGCUGCGUCAAGCUCUAUCACCUGCACCACGGAGGCCAGUCCGCACCAACCAAACUGUUCGUUCGCACUGUCGGCGAAUCCGGCCAGCGCGUGAUGGUUCGCGUAGGUGGUGGAUGGGCUGACUUGGGUGAAUAUCUCCGCGAAUACGUCAUCCACCACGGCCGUCGCAAGGUGUCUGAGACUCCUCGUGUUGAAGUGCAAGGCAUCCGAACUCGCUCCUCUCCAUCUUACUCCUCGCCGGGCACUAUGCUUACCCCGGCUGCUUCAUCAUAUCUCACCUCUGGCCGAGCCACCCCCUCCCGGCCCCAAUCUGUGCUCAGUGCCAGGCCCCCUUCAUCGCUUACCGUCCGCAAGACACGACGAAGCUCGAAUGCAUCUGACAUCACUGGUACUCGUGCAGUUACCACCGGCCAUCUGCAUGCCUUCACCUCGCCUCCCCCUACUGUCCCCCACAUUCCCGCAUCAGGCGGCAGACGACUCUCAGUCUCUUCGGGUUAUUCGAUUGCUGAAUCGCAUUCCCCUGCCAACAAUCCUGUCCCUCUUCCCCACGAUUCCCGUGCUACUCCGCUGGGCUUGGCUGGCCCAAGACCACGUGCACGAUAUGAAUCCAUGAGCCCGGAGGGUGAAGCCUGGGUCGAAGAUGUUCUCCAAAAGACUCGUCGCUCCAGCUCGCACAACCCACCACCAAUCGGACUCGGUCUGAUGGAGCACGAUGAUAGCCGAUCCGAGAUUGGAGAUGCCGGUAUUAGGUACUCUCUACCGAAAGUCCGCAGCAUCGACGAGAUUGGAUCUAUUGGCACAAGUCGACGGGUCGCGUUGAGAGGGCUUGGGAGUCGCAGGUCGUAA